CCUGAAGGAGAAAACAGAGUGACAGACCUGGAGACUGCAGUUCUUUGUCCCUCACACAGCUCUUUCACCAUGCCUGGGUCACUUCCUUUGAAUGCAGAAGCCUGCUGGCCAAAAGACGUGGGAAUUGUUGCCCUUGAGAUCUAUUUUCCUUCUCAAUACGUUGAUCAGGCAGAGUUGGAGAAAUAUGAUGGUGUAGAUGCUGGAAAGUAUACCAUUGGCUUGGGCCAGGCCAAGAUGGGCUUCUGCACGGAUAGAGAAGAUAUCAACUCUCUCUGUAUGACUGUGGUUCAGAAUCUUAUGGAGAGAAAUAGUCUUUCCUAUGAUUGCAUUGGACGACUAGAAGUGGGAACAGAGACAAUCAUCGACAAAUCAAAGUCAGUGAAGACUAAUUUGAUGCAGCUGUUUGAGGAGUCUGGGAAUACAGAUAUAGAAGGAAUAGAUACAACUAAUGCAUGCUAUGGAGGCACAGCUGCUGUCUUCAAUGCUGUUAACUGGAUUGAGUCCAGCUCCUGGGAUGGACGGUAUGCCCUGGUAGUUGCAGGAGAUAUUGCUGUAUAUGCCACAGGAAAUGCUAGACCAACAGGUGGAGUCGGAGCCGUUGCUCUGCUAAUUGGGCCAAAUGCACCUUUAAUUUUUGACCGAGGGCUUCGUGGGACCCACAUGCAGCAUGCCUAUGACUUUUAUAAGCCUGAUAUGCUCUCUGAGUAUCCCAUAGUGGAUGGAAAACUCUCUAUCCAGUGUUACCUCAGUGCAUUAGACCGCUGCUAUUCUGUCUACCGCAAAAAGAUCCGUGCCCAGUGGCAGAAGGAGGGAAAUGAUAAAGAUUUUACUUUGAAUGAUUUUGGCUUCGUAAUCUUCCAUUCACCAUAUUGUAAACUGGUUCAGAAAUCUCUAGCUCGGAUGUUGCUGAAUGACUUUCUUAAUGACCAGAACAGAGAUAAAAAUAGCAUCUAUAGUGGCCUGGAAGCCUUUGGCGAUGUUAAAUUAGAAGAUACCUACUUUGACAGAGAUGUGGAAAAGGCAUUUAUGAAGGCUAGUUCUGAACUCUUUAAUCAGAAAACAAAGGCAUCUUUGCUUGUAUCAAAUCAAAAUGGAAAUAUGUACACUUCUUCAGUAUAUGGUUCCCUUGCUUCUGUUCUAGCACAGUACUCACCUCAGCAGUUGGCAGGGAAGAGAAUUGGCGUCUUCUCUUAUGGUUCUGGUUUGGCUGCUACCUUGUACUCCCUUAAAGUUACACAAGAUGCGACACCAGGGUCUGCUCUUGAUAAAAUAACAGCAAGUUUAUGUGACCUUAAAUCAAGGCUUGACUCAAGAACUUGUGUGGCACCAGAUGUCUUUGCUGAGAAUAUGAAGCUCAGAGAGGACACUCAUCACUUGGUCAACUAUAUUCCCCAAUGUUCAAUUGACUCACUCUUUGAAGGAACAUGGUACCUGGUUAGAGUGGAUGAAAUGUACAGAAGAACUUAUGCUCGGCGCCCCUCUCCAAAUGAUGACACUUUGGAGGAAGGGGUGGGACUUGUGCAUUCAAGCACAACAACUGAGCAUAUUCCAAGUCCAGCUAAGAAAGUGCCAAGACUCCCUGCCACAGCAACAGAGCCAGAAGCAGCUGUCAUUAGUAAUGGGGAGCAUUAAGAGACUUCUGUGAGGUUCAAGACUUUAGUGUGGGUCGGGGUGGGUAGGGUAUGGGAACGGUUGG